GACUUACCUGUGGAGUUAAAGAAAAUUGUGGAUCUUUUCAAUAUGGUGCCUGAUCCAAAGCUGAAGUAUCAACAGCUUCUGGCGUACGGCAAGAAGCUGCCUGCCAUGCCUGCAGAAGACCACACUGAGGACAACAAAGUCAGGGGCUGCGUAUCUCAGGUGUGGGUGAAGCCAGAGCUGAGGGAUAAUAAAGUGUACUGGCGAGCUGAUUCUGAUUCUGUCCUUACCAAGGGUCUGGCGGCUUUGUUGGUGCAAGGAUUGAGUGGGUGCACGCUGGAGGAGGUGGUGUCGCUGUCUCCAGACUGGAUCAGCAACAUGGGGUUGCAGCAGAGCCUCACGCCCUCGCGCAACAAUGGCUUCCUUAACAUGUUUGCCUUGAUGCGCCAGAAGGCCGCUGAGCUCUCCCAAGCGCAGCCAGCUUCAGAAGCUCCGGAAGCAGCGAGCAAUUCGAGUGAGGGAGAAAGUGCGUCUGCAUCCAAUGGGAAUGGUGCCACGAGCAGCGCACCAGAGAGCUCUGCAAAACCAGUGCGAGCAAGCAUGGAGAGGAAGCUGAACGAAGCACUGCAGCCAGAAUCUUUGACGAUACUGGACGAGUCUUCUCAGCAUGCAGGCCAUGCUGGGUCGAGAAUGCUGGCCAGCCCUUCAGGGGAGACACACUUCAAGGUCAGCGUUGUCUCAUCAGCGUUUGAAGGGCUGAACACCGUGAAGAGGCAUCGCCUGGUCUACAAGAUUCUUGAGGAAGAGUUGGCAGGACCUGUUCAUGCACUGUCGCUGGACACCAAGUCUCUUCAAGAGACCCGAUAA